ACCCCACACACGAAACUACGACACACCCCGCAGCCAAACACCACGCAGCCCGAGAGUACCAGACGCUCUCAGCACUCGAAUCAGACAGCGCGCGAAAAAUAAAAUCGUCCUGCGCGCGUAGUCUGACCAGCCGCAAUCAUGGCGCCCAAGAAGAAGGAACAGCAGAAGAUGUCCCUGGGAGACUUCCUCGGUGACCAAUAUGGUGGAGAGGCAGGAUGGCAUACGAGGCUCGGCGACGCUGACGCGGAUAUUCCUGCCCUGGAACGAUGUGCCAGAGAGGUCAAGAGCCUUCUUCAGUCCAUCUACACUGCCAAACUCGACGUAUCCAAAACCCUUGGGCUUGCGGUCCAGCUUGUCCUCGACAAUGCGAACGUUGGUGACUUCGCACCCGGCGAAGAAAUCGGUUACGUCACCCUCGGUGGCGUCAAACGACAGGUUGCCCAAGUGCGCCGUGUAUGGGGGCUUCGAGGGCAGAGGAAGGGCCUCGCGAGUCGCGAAUCCGCGGUCGGCUGCACCGUCGUUAGCGCAUUGCCCAAGGCCGUCAUGCAGACGUUCUACCCACCAAAACUGCCGCCACGGUCAGCACCAAAGCCACCACCAGAUCCGAACGUGGGCCUGUCGCCUCCGUAUCCAGAGCGGCCGCCGGAACCUGCAAGGCCCACCCCGAAGACGACGACAGCGUGGCGACGUGGACAAACUCACCGGGCAUUGGCGCAUCCUCCAUCUCGUCGGCCAGCAAAGGACCGCCCAGAGGCCCGAGACAUCUCGGACUGGACCCGCAAGGGACCUCUCCCCGACCUUCCAGGCCAGCGCAGCAGCGCCGGACGAGGCGGCUUCGGUGCAGGCCGCGACCGUGGCUUCGAUGCAGGAUCAGAUGCCGGUGGCGAGCGCAGUGAACGCCGCCGCCCACCCCCAUUCGAGGGCGACGGCAAGCCCCGUGACUUUGGCAACUGGGAGCGCCGCGGUCCUCUGUCGCCAGCCCCUGCACCCGCUCCAAGUGAGGGCGGCCGCAUGCGAGGCUUCGACGGAGCACCCCGUGAGGGACGCAGACAAUCUCCGGCCUGGGGUGAGGGCCAAGGCGCUGAUGGCUCACGCGGACCUCGUCGCGAGUUCCAGGAGAGGCCGCCCGUUGAGAGGCAGCCUACUGCCGCAGAUACUGACAACCAGUGGCGGUCCCGGAUGCGCCCCGACGCGCCUGUCAAGUCGCCCACAUCUACACCCGAUGUCAGCACACCAUCGUCGCCAGCACCUCAGCCUGCUGCUCCUGCCGGCCGACCCCGCUUGAACCUGGCCAAGCGAACAGUUUCCGAGGCCCCAUCGGCCCCAGGAAGCGCCACUUCCUCGGACAAGCCCAACCCGUUCGGCGCUGCUCGUCCCAUUGACACUGCUGCGCGCGAAAAAGAGAUUGAAGAGAAGAGGCAGUUGGCUCUCCGCCAAAAGAAGGAGGCCGACGAGAAGGCUCGUGAAGAGCGCAAGGCAAAGGAGGCUGCCGACAAGACGGCCCCCAAGGACUCAGCACAGCCGACGCCGACCAGCAAGGACGAGAGCAGUGCCGAGGAAAAGGCCAAGGCCAACUUUGAGAUUCUGCAGCGUGUCGAUGAGGGCAAUUCGGCCGGCCAGGACGAAGACGCCGAGGGCGAGAUUGUCCACGACAAGGAAGUCAAGCCAAAAGAGGUUGUGCGCAACCCACCAAAGACGGAGGCAGGCUCAUGGAGGCGGCAGUCCAACACGCCGGCCACACCAGCCUCGACUACCGAGACCAUGGACGAGGAUGGCUGGAGCACCGUGACCAAGCCAACCAAGAAUGUCAAGAACAACCGGCGAGGUGGAGGUGCGCCAGCUCGCGCGAUUGCGUCUUAG